AUGCUUGACACUGAAAAUAGAUAUCCAAGCGACGAAGAAAGCAGCGAUGAAUUGGAUCCACGCCCACUUCAAUCGGAUGAAUUUCGAAUUAUUCAUAAAAAAUGUUUUCAUUAUGAAAAAUUUAGAACAAAUUUUGCAUGGACAACUGGCAAUUUGCAACUUGAUUUAAUUAUACAAGAAAGCCAAGCUGAGGCGAAUAUAAGCGGUGACUAUCUUGAAGAUAUUCCUUAUGAACAAUUUGAGCUGGUUGAAUUUCACAAAGCUGGAGCAUUUAGUGAAAUCUAUUCUGUUAUUUGGUUAGAGAGACCUAAGUGGGAUUGGAACGAAAACACUCAAGCUUGGUCUCGGGGUGGACCAAUAAAAGUCACGCUGAAGAAACUUAAAAAUUCUCAAAACUUGAAAGUAGAGAAUACACUGAUUAUCGAAAAUCAACCCAACUAUAAUUAUUAUCAAGGUCGUGUUGGCGUAGUAACUAUCGCGGUCCCUACCACCAUAACGAAAAAUAUAAAACUAAAGAUUAGGCGUGGCGUUUAUUCCUUGAUGAUAAUUUAUGGACUAAAUAAAUUCCUUACCAAAACUCGAAAUACAUUGUCACUUCCAACAAAAUGA